AUGCAACCCAGCAAGAAGACCACCGAUGGUAACAUGUAAAAUACCCAUUAAAAUAUUUUGAGAUGUGAAUAUACCACAAAAUUUAAUGAACCUACUUUUUGAGUAGGGUGGCAUAUUUGAAUAAUUUUUGGUACAAAUAAUUCCUUGAAAGAAUGUAACGGUGGCAAGAACGCAAAAAUAACUCCACAUUCGAAAGGAAGUUACCGCUGUCCAUGUGUUUUCAAUCCAUGUGUUAUAAUCCAUGUUCAAAUUCGUAAUUAAAAGUAAAAAAGUCACAAGUAAGAAUUGUACCGUUAUACUGGAGACAAUAGCUAAGACCAUUCUCUGCAUCAGCAAUUCUUUAUAUCCUUUUUUAUUCAUCUGCAUCAUUUUGUUUACUUGUGAGGUUAACCUUUACUUUCUUGAUGAAAUUUCGCAAAUUAUGCAGUACGAAAUUUUUGCCAAUAAACGUAAUCUAAACUUUCAAAUAAAUGUCUCAUAUGUUUUUAACGUUUUAACUUUUUGAAUAUCAAAAAACGGAAAUAAUAUAAACUUUUUAUUUCAAAAAGCCGGUAUAUCUCUGAAUUUUCCGUUGAAUUUGAGCGCGCCACUAUGGUUGUUUUCAUGAAAUAAACGUAAAGGAUGAUAUUUAUUUAUAUGAUUACGAAUUUGAAUAAUCUUCUUCAACAAAAAAUAUCAUAUUAAUAAAUAUCAUAUUAUUACAAUAAAUCUAGAUUAAUAGAGUGAGAUUUAUUAUAUAUAAAUAUCAUAUAAAUAUUAUAUUUAUUAUAUAUAAAUAUCAGAGUAUUUCGUUAAUAAAUGUUCAUGAAUGAAUGGUGUAUGAUCAGUUCGUAGUUUCCUUUCUAUUUUAUACUCUAUGAUUCUAGCAAAUGUAAGUCAAGUGCUUGAUAAGUUUUCGAACCCGAGGAGGAACUAUUCAUUAUCCAGCGAAGGUUGCCCUACUAGUAACAUAUCUAAUUAACCCGCGUGUCAUUUUCAAUGCGCCUAUUCAUAUAAUAUAAACAAAAUGGAUUAGAAUCUCGUGAGAAUUUAUUUCUAUUAUUUUAUGGAUAUCACAAGAGUUCACCGUCAUGUGGAAGUGCCAUAAAUGUGGAAAACCCGUAUACUUCGGUUAGUUUCAAUCUUCGCAUAUAUUAAAAAGGCGUACUAAUUUUGACAAGUACCGUUUCCUGUCAUUACAAUGAAUUGAUUAAUUUCCUAUCUGCAUGAACGUUGUGUUAUUUGUAUACUUUUUUACCGAAAAUAAUAUUUUACCAUCAUUUUUCUGUCUUUUAAUCGAGUUCUUUGUCGUUAAUUAUGCAGUGAGUUUUACAAUUAAAAGAUUAAUUGUUUAUUGUCGUAAUAUGACGAUUUUAACACUUUAAAUAUUUUAAAAAACACUAGAUGAAAAUGAAAAUUUAUGUAAUUUAUGUACCAAGUUGGGCAAAUAUUUAAACGUACUAAUUUGUAAAUUAAUAAUCUACUAUUUAAAAAUGAAAUACUAUUUAAAAAUGUUAUUUAAUUAAUUAAGGAAAUAUGUUUAUUAAAGAAUCAAUGCAAUUGACUGUAGAACUGAUUUAUUUCGCAGAAAUAUACUAUAAAUACAUUUCUUUGUUUUUUACUAAAUAUUUUGAACUUUAGCUGAACGCAAACAAUCAUUGGGGUAUGACUGGCAUCCAGAGUGUUUACGAUGUGAAGAAUGUGGAAAACGUUUAAAUCCAGGCCAACAUGCAGAGGUGCACCAUUAUAUUCUUUAUUAAAAUAAAUAUUUAAUCUAAUUUAUUCUUUAUUAUUAUUUUUAAUACACUACUACACUAGCUUUCAUUUAAUAAUUAUUAUAUAAAUUAUUAUAUAAUAAAAUUUAUAUCUAUUUUUGUAGCAUAAAGGGGUACCAUAUUGUCAUGUACCAUGUUAUGGAGCUCUGUUUGGACCACAAUUAUUUGGUCAUGGAACAAGAGUUGAGUCACAUACAAGUUUUGGAAAAAAAGAAGCUAGACCAUCACUACCCAGGUUAAUGGAAGAUUGAUACUAGAAGGUGCACUUCGCAUUUAUUGGGGUGUCAGAGGAGUGAUUCAUUUAAAAGAAGAUGAUGAUCAACGUACAGUAGUUACAGCGCGUAAUAGAAAUUCGUGCAGACGAAGUGUUUCUGAUAGUAUAGAAGAUGACGAAAAAGAGGAAGAUUGUGUAAAAGAAUCGUGUGAACAGGAUGCAGAAACUGAAACAAAAUCUGUUCCAACUUCUCCUGAUCAUCUUAAAAGCAUUACUUUACCAAUGAAGCUAGAUGUUAAAAAUAUGGAGUGGGAUGAACUGGAUGAACUUCUUCAGGUUGAACGUAAAGUCGAAGAUGGGAAAAAAUUAUACCAAACGAUGCCUGAAAACUUGCCAUCGAUUAGUUCGCAAACCAGUUCCGACGCGCUGCCUCUUUCCUCUCAGUCCAGUCUUGAUAGAUCUGAUUCUCGCGAAAAUUCAGAGGCGGACAGUCCGAAUCAUCAAGGAAAUCGCGGAAACGACAGCAGUGUAACCAGUACACCAACGCACAGUAUAGGUAGUUCUUCCAGCACUGACACACCUGUUUAUCAUGGCACUCCAAAUCGAAACGGGACACUUCGAAGGGUAGAGUACUUCGACAGCUUGGAGAAAAAUAUGUCUGGCAAUAGAUCCAUUAGCACUGACGAUAGUUGGAUAGAAAAAGGCUUAAACCGAUCGAUGUCCGGACCUGAUUGCCUUCAAAGACAUCGAACCGAUAGCGAUACAGAUUCUGUAAAUUCUUUACAUUUUAGAGAGGAUGAUAACAUGACAAUGUCUACUGACAGUGGACUAGAGCUGGACGGCGUAGUUUUACGACGAAAACAAGGCUCCACCGCAAUCAGACGUCGCCCAGGCGGUCGACGACAAUCACGUAGUCGAUUGCGGCGUCGUUGUUCAAUUAACGGACAUUUUUAUAAUCGUGAAACCAGUUUUUUCACACCACCCCAUGGAUCUCAAAUGUCCGUUUGGAUUACAAGUUUAGUAAAUACUCAGGAAGUUAUCAAUCUCAUGUUGGAUAAAUACAAAGUUGAUGCCAAGCCAGAUAAUUUUGCGUUGUUUGUGGUCCGCGAUAAUGGCGAGCAAAGAAGAUUACGAGAUGACGAAUAUCCGCUGGAGGUUCGCGUAGUGUUAGGUCCGCAUGAAAAUGUCGCGCGACUUUUCUUAGUGGAUAGAUUGUCGACUCCGGAGAUCAGCUCUGACGUUGCACAGUUUCUUAAUCUUUCUCUGGCAGAGUGUCAUGGUAUAUUGCAGCGUUAUUAUUAUGAAGAAGAGCGUCAGAUUCUUCUCCUGAAGGAAAAGUACGUUUUUUCUAAAAAUUUAUAAUUAUGUAAUAUCAAUAUAAUUAUCAAUUAUUAAUUUUACGCAUAUAGUGUAAAUCAUAUCUCUUUAUUAUUAUUAUUAUUAUUACUUUAAUUUACAGAUACAAGGAGAUGCGACGAAGAAUACGGCAAAGAAUGGAAGAGUUAAAGGUUCGACUAUAGUUAGUAUGUAUUCACAAUGAACAUUUAAAUAUCCAUAUUAUUAUUUUUUUAUUAAUUUGUAUUCGAAGAUACUUCCUUCUUUUUUUAUAUAUACAUAUAAAUUAUUUGUCGUAAAAUGUGUUAUUGUAAUUGUCCUAAAGGUAUGUAUUACAAUAUAUAUAGUUUAACAUAUAGUUUAUUCUAACAUUGAAACGUAGAGUCAUUCACUGUCGACAUUUUGUUAACUCACUAUAUUUUUUCAUAAUUUUAAGAAACUGUUUCUACGAUAGUUUUAAUUUUUUGCUUUAAAUAUCUGCUUGAAAUGUGCGAUAAAAAUUAAUUUAUGUAACAAUGCAGAAGUUAAAUCAUUAA